AUGGCUGCUUCAUUUUUGUCGGUCUUGCUUUCGGGCUCUGCACUGCUGAGCGCAGUUCAAGCCCAGGACUUUGGUGGUGGUGCACGGGAUGAGACUGCAUUUCAAUAUGUACAACCCCUAGACACGGUCAUCUUGUCAGAGUAUGGUUCUUCGCCACCUGUGUAUCCCUCACCAAACAUCACCGGCGUGGGCGGAUGGGAAGGUGCCCUUGAGAAGGCAAAAGCCUUUGUAGCUCAACUUACGACCGAGGAGAAGGCCGACAUGGUGACUGGCCAAGCAGGGCCCUGCGUUGGCAACAUCGUAGCUAUCCCUCGUCUUGGCUUCAGCGGUCUGUGUCUUCAAGAUGGACCUCUUGGUAUCCGUGUUGCUGACUACGCAAGCGUGUUCUCCGCAGGUGUCUCAGCUGGCGCAACAUGGGACAAAGACAUCAUUUAUCAGCGUGGUUUGGCAAUGGGUCGUGAGUUCAAGGCCAAAGGCUCGCACGUCGCUCUAGGUCCUGUUGCAGGACCUCUUGGUCGCUCUGCUUAUGCUGGCCGCAACUGGGAGGGGUUCAGCUCUGAUCCCUAUCUCAGCGGCGUUGCAAUGGAAUUGACAAUCAAUGGCCACCAAGACGCAGGCGUGCAAGCUUGUGCAAAGCACUGGAUUGGAAAUGAGCAAGAGAUUCAACGGAAUCCCGUCUAUGACACCAAGGUCAAGACUACCAAGCUUUCAAACGCUGUCUCAUCUAAUAUUGAUGACCGCACCAUCCAUGAACUCUACAUGUGGCCAUUCGCUAAUGCUGCCAAGGCCAAGGUUGCUUCAUUCAUGUGCUCUUAUCAGCGACUCAACGGCUCGUACGGCUGCCAGAAUAGCAAGAGUCAGAACGGUCUUCUCAAGACUGAGCUUGGAUUCCAAGGUUACGUCGUUUCAGACUGGGGCGCUACACAUACUGGAGUUGCUGCGAUUGAAGCAGGUCUGGACAUGAAUAUGCCUGGUGGACUUGGUCCGUAUGGAACACUCUUCCAAAAGCCGUCUUUCUUUGGGGGCAAUAUAACACUUGCUGUCAACAACGGAACGCUUUCUCGCAUCGACGAUAUGAUUAUCCGGAUUAUGACACCUUAUUUCCACCUUGGGCAAGAUCAGGCCUUCCCAACCGUCGACCCUUCGAGCGCCGAUCUCAAUGUGUUCUCACCCCGGAGCAAUUGGACUCGCGAGUUUAAUUUGACAGGUGAGCGGAGCCGCGACGUUCGUGGUGACCAUGGCGCGCUCAUUCGCAAGCAUGGUGCCGCUGGUAGCGUUCUGCUGAAGAACAAGGACGGCGCCCUCCCACUCAAGGCUCCCAGGAAUAUCGCUGUUUUUGGAAACGAUGCCAGCGAUCCCACCCAGAGCAGUGUUCUCAACCAGGACGUUUAUGAAUACGGAACGCUUGCUGCUGGUGGUGGCUCCGGCACCGGUCAGUUCAGCUACCUGAUCACCCCUCUGCGAGCACUCCAGGACCGUGCGGCUCAAGACGGUGGACUCGUCCACUACUGGCUCAACAAUACUCUGAUUGCUAAGGCAGAUGUCUCUAGUUUGUUGAUUCCGCGUGCCGUCCCAGACGUUUGCAUCGUUAUGCUGAAGACGUGGGCUCAGGAAGCAGAAGACCGCGCUCAUCUCUCAGUGGACUUCAAUGGGAACGGUGUCGUUGAAGCAGUUGCAGCGGCAUGCAACAACACAGUUGUUGUUACCCACUCAUCCGGAGUGAACACCCUUCCUUGGUCGGACCAUCCCAAUGUGACUGCUAUCCUUGCCGCUCAUUACCCCGGUCAAGAAAGUGGCCACUCUUUGGUUGACGUGCUUUACGGGGAUGUUAAUCCCAGUGGCCAUCUACCAUACACCAUCGCCCUGAAUGGUACUGACUACAACGCACCACCAACAACCGCAAUUAACACGACCGGCUUCGAUGACUGGCAGUCGAACUUUGACGAGAAGCUUGAGAUUGACUAUCGCUACUUCGACGCCAAGAACAUCAGUGUGCGUUAUGAGUUUGGUUUCGGUCUCUCCUACACCACCUUCCAGAUCUCAGACUUGCAAAGCUCGCCUAUUGAGAGCAACAUCACCUCUUUCCCGGAACAACUCCCCAUCGAACCUGGAGGCAACCCCGCGCUCUGGGUUCAUAUCUACAACGUCAGUGUAUCCGUCUCCAACACCGGAGAAGUAGCAGGAGCCGCCGUUCCCCAGUUGUAUGUCGGACUCCCUUCCUCAGCGCCGGCUGGUACUCCCAUUCGACAACUGCGUGGAUUUGAAAAGGUGCAUCUUGAGAAGGGUGAAUCACAGACCGUUGGCUUCGAGCUGAUGCGUAGGGAUCUAAGCUACUGGGAUAUCAUCAGCCAGCAAUGGGUAAUUCCUGAGGGGCAGUUUACGAUAUGGGUUGGCUUCAGCAGCCGGGACUUGAAGGUCCACCAGAGCUUUACCGUUGUUGGGGGCUAUUAA